CAUCUUCUGGGCACUGCAGCGGAGCUCAAUAUUGACACAAAAAAGUAAAACUAGCUCCAGGCGUGUCCGCUUCCAUACAAUUGGAAGCUGUCGGUAGUUCGUUCCUCUCCAGUUGCUGCAGUGCCUUGGCAAAACCUCAAUUUUGCCCUUCAAAAUUCCCAAGAAAAAAAAGAAAGAAAGUAGUCACUAUCUCUUUGCCACAUUCGAGCACAAUCUAUCCAUCGGACGCCAAUGUGGCCUUAGGGUUCUCGAAUUCGCCACCAAGCAUUCACGAGGAACAACUUGCCGAUAUCUUAUACGUCUCGUAGCCAUGACGAGCUCGAGAGCGCAGGUUUUACUCCUCAGCUUGCUGGCGGCUCUGAUCAUCUCGUGCGCCCAUGGAGCAUGCACCACUCCCUUCUCAUCAGAGGAUGCGCAGUCAGUCUUCGUUCCCAGCGAUUUAGACCCGGCUCUCAUCCCUCCAGAGGGCAAUGUGCCCAUCGCACAGCUCUUCGCGGUGGGAGAUCAGGUUUACACCGCCAAUGGCACGGCCUGGAUCCUGACGGGCGCCACCGCUGAGCUCUACAAUUCGCGCUCCGAGAAAGUUGGUGUCCACUUCUACCUGCCGCAAGUUGACCCCAAGGGCGGCCAGCCUUCGUGGAAGACAGACUGCCCUCCAAGUCUCGUGACCGCUAAGGUCGUGUCCAAAGCGCAGGUUGAAAGCAACAGCAUCGUCUGGGCUCUGCUGAAGUCUACUAACUCGCAAGGAUCCUCCGGCUUAUUUGGCGAUGUUUCUUACCUUCAAAGGCUGUUCACCAAGAACGGGUUACCUCCUUCAUUUCCGCCAACGGAGGUUAACGCUAUCUUUAAAUCGCCUUACACAUCUUUCUACGUGUACUACAAGCAGCUCUAGACGAAGGGUCAGGAGACGGAACGGGAAUUGGAGAAAGAGGACAGUUCGAUCAAGUCUUGAGGCCGGCAUUUCAAAUGAACUGAUGCUCUGUGUAGGAAAGGAAAUCGGCCAAAAGCCAGGGAGUAUUCGUGCUUGUCGUUGGGAUUAGUGAAGUCUCGGGAUAUCACACGUGAAUGCACAUGAUAAAUAGGACAAAUUUACAGCAUGAAUGGUGCCGGAAUUUGUUCAGAUUCCUUCAAUAAAUAAUGGUGGAGUGACUAAAUCUCAAUACAUAGGAUAUCCGACAUCAGUUAUCCAGUCCGGUUUAUUGAAGGGGAAUACCAUUCUCGGACUCCUUCGAGAGUCACACGGUAGCUUUACGUAUUGGGUAUUCUAGUACUUUAAAGAGCAAAAUAAAUAGUAUAUUAUUAACUACAAAAACUCACUCCAUCAGCCUACAUUCUUAAUGUUGAGAUAACCGAUUUCUAAUAGUAUGGAAGGUUUACUCUAACCCCGAUAGAUUAUCUCUAAAGAUAUGAAGUGUUUACCCUAACCUUAAAAAGCAUCGAAACUUCUAACCGAAAGUCUCUCUAUUAAUGAAGUGCACACUAACCCUCGUUUUCAUAUAAAUAUGGGACUGUAA